AAAUAUGAGUCCUUUAGAGCUUAUGACUCUGCUGUCAUUAGAACCUGGAGUGAUAUGCUUACAUGUAGAUAACAUGGAUACAGUUUCCUCUCAUUUUGUUUAUGCUAAUUGUUUCUGAGGAGAAAUAUUUGAGAGUUUGUGAUAAGGAUAUGUUAAUCUAGUAAAAGCUGUUAGCCCUGACACAGAGACAAGGAUCAAUAAUGAUUAGCCUGCAGUAACAAUAACAUCACAUCACUGAGCUAGCCACUAUAAGCUGUACUGGGGGGUAACAAAGCAUAAAUUGACUGGGGCAUCAGUGCAACACAGAUGGGCAUCAAUAAAAUCAACAUAAAAAAUACUCUUGGUCAAUCUUGUGCAAGUGUCUUUUUAAUGCACUCAGGGGAGGAAAGUGAAUGACAGGAAAAAAAGUCUAUAUUUAAGUGCUUUUAUUAUUUUCAUCUGAUUCUUCACAAUGCCCAGGGAGGGGAUGUUUCAGGUUCAAUUCUUAUUCCAAGGGCUGUAUCAAAUAUUAGAUGCUUGGCUGCUUAAAAUGUUGUUUAUGUAGAAAAUAUUAGAAUCCUUUUGCCGAGAGAGGCAUGCUGGAUGCUGAAUUUGUUUAUCCCAGUCAAUCUGGCUGUGAGAAAAGAUGGGGCUGGUUUACUUGUUAAUAAAAAUAACAGGCAAUUAUCUAGAAGAAAAAUAAACAAGGCCUUCAAUGCUGCAAGCCACAAAGUAAGUUGGCAAGAUUUAGGUAAAUGGAUGAGUAAAACAGAUUACACCUAUUCACGAAGUCCAAGUUAUAGAAGAAAAGCAGAAAGUUCUUAUUACCAAAUUCCCAACAUGUCUCGAGCACAUGUGAAGGGGUCAGUAAGACCUUAUGUGACGACCGGUGAUUUGUAUGUCAGUUCUGAUGAGGAGGACAGCCAUUAUAUAACAGAGAAGAGACUGUCCACAAGAACUGUUUAUGAGGAUGGGAUUCUACUUAGGUCAGGCAACAGUUUAAAGAAUGCCAGGACUGUGAUAGAGAAGCAGAACAAAAAGAACAGGAGGUCACUGCAGGGUGUGAACGUGAACAAGAACGCCAGGGAGUCCAGGAGGUCACUACAGUCGCUGAGUACACUGGACAAUGGCCGCGAGUCCCGGAGCAUCACACGGACGUCGAGAUCGCGGAGAUCCCAGGCCUCCAAUCUCAUCACCAGCACCAAUCAGAUGUCAGAGACAAGGUCAUCCACAAGGUCGUCCUCAGCCUCCAUGUCAUCUCUGAUGUCAUCAAAGUCAUCCUUCAUCGACUCGGUCAGGAAAACUCUGAUUGGAGAGUUUAACGAUCUGGAAAUGGAGAAAGGCAUGAAGGAAAUCCAAAACUCUAACAGAAAAAUCAAGUUAUAUGGUUUGGAUCAAGUAGACUCAGAUGAAAUGUCAGGAAUUGAAUCUGAAGUAGAGUUUACUGGGACCAACAUGUCAGGUUACCACUCAAACUCUUCACACAGUAGGAGCCACACUAGGAACUCCCAGUCAGACACCACCACCACCAGCAGCACCGCCACAUCAGAUUCCUCGUCAUCAGUGGUCACCACCACCACCACCACCACCGUCGUCACCACAAUCAUUGAAACCAUUACAACAGCAGCCAGGCCUGUUACUGAACCAGUCUGGAAUACUGUAGGAGAACCAAUCUGGAAUCAUGUGGGACGACCUGUGUGGAAUCAUGUGGGGAGGCCGGUUUGGAGAUACGUGUGUCGACCACUCUUAUCACUGACCAGUAGGGUGGUGUCCACGGUACUCCUCCUGUUGUAUCACCUUAUCUGGACCUCCACACUACGACAUCUUGUUAAUGGCUGUGCUUUUGUGACACGGAAAACUCUCUCAGCUGCUCAAUCCGUCUUUGUACAAAUGUUUGUCUGGGAAGUAGGAGUUUUCUCAAGGAUGUCUUAUCUAUCCCGGAUGUGUUGUAUUGUCUUGCCACUGUUACUGAUUUUACCAUUGUUAUUGUUUGCAAUAUAUCCUUACAUUACACCGGCAGCUUUCAUAGAUAUCAGGGAUAAUGAUUCUAUACUGGAUUUAUCAAAGAUGAACGGAAUAAGUCCUCAUGAAUUAAGAGAGCACGUGAGAAGAAUAGUCAUACAGAUCAGCGAGGGGCGAGAUGAAUCUCUCUCUGUGGGGGAAGUAGAGAAAAUAGUAGCCACGAUGGUGGAACAGAGAUUGAAUGAAGAAAAAUUAGCCAAUCAGAAUCGCUGGCUGGAGGAAGAGGCGGCUAAACAGGUAGAGAAGACCAACAUAACAGAGGAGAUACUGAGGGUGCUGCAGGACCUGAAUGUGCGGGGGGAUAGCCUCACUGAGAGGGACAUCAGGACGAUUGUCGGGGAGGUGGUGAAGCAUGAGGUCACAGGGAUACAGGACCGCAUUACAGAGCAGGCACAGUCACAGGUGUCAGAGAAGAAGGAGAAUGGUGAAGUGAUGCUGACUCUUCAAAAUGAUCUUAAAACGAGUAUCACAAAUCUUGAGCAAAAAUUGGCUGAUGAACUGGAGAGAAUAAAAAGUCACACUGUGGAAGGUAGUGAUACGACAGUGGAAGCCUCGGCUAGCCUUCUACAGAUACAAGACGAUCUGUCCUCAGUGCGAGCUCGAUUAGAUAGCCUAGAGCUGGAGAAAGCGUGGUUAGCAGGACAGCUCAAGAACUGCUGCAGGAACGAGAGUUUCUACACAGCCCUGGUGCAGGACAAGGUCAACUUAAUUCUGGGUCAGAUAAUGUCAGGGAAUGAUACAGGCGGUGCUGACCAGUACCUGUUUGGAGCUUGGUUAAACUCCACCUUUAUCAAGAAAAGUGACCUGGAGAAAUACAUGGCAGACUUUGGUGAGGAGCUCAGCAAUAAAAUUCUACAGGAAAUGUCUAGAACUGAGGCCACGGAGGUCUACGUAUCAGAUUCCGGGGGACAGGGUUUGGUGACAGAGAAGGUUGUGAGACAGAUCGUGACUGAAGCUUUGGAAAAGUUCAGUGCAGACAAAAUAGCCCUGCCAGAUUUUGCUUUGGAGUCUGCAGGUGGUAGUAUUAUCAGUACAAAGUGUUCCGAGACAUUCCACAAAAACACCGCUCGUCUGAGUAUACUGGGGAUUCCCCUCUGGUACGUCUCCAACUCGCCUCGCAGCGUCAUACAGCCGGAGACACAGCCUGGGUCCUGCUGGGCCUUUCAGGGUGAUAAGGGUCACCUUGUGAUUGAGUUAUCAGACAACAUCACCCCCACAGCAUUCACCCUGGAGCACAUCCCCAAGUCCCUGGCCCCCGAGGGAAAAAUUGAUAGCGCCCCCAAAGACUUUACAGUCAUUGGCCUGAACAAUGAAAAUGACAAAGUAGGAGAGCGUUUAGGAAACUUCACCUAUACAGAUAGGGGACCCCCUCUACAGACGUUCAAAGUACAGAAGCCUAAUGUUGGUGUUUACAAGUUUGUUCAACUGAGUAUUUUAAGUAACCAUGGAAAUCCAUUGUAUACAUGCCUAUACAGAUUCAGGGUGCAUGGUAUACCACACAAACCAAAGAAAAGGGAGAAAAAUUAACCUCAUAUAGAGCUAUACACAAACUUCAAGAAAAUCUGUGAAUGGUGUUUUUUUCACAGAAAAAGAUUUACCAAUGCAAAAAUAGUAGAAUCUGUGAUAAUCAUAAUACAUGUAUUGGUGUCUUUAGAAAUUUUUAGUGAAACCUUGAUUUCCUUUAGAUCAUGGGAGAAAAACAAUCAAAAUAAUGGACCUACACCUUUGUGGUACAUUUAGAGAUUGUACAUUUUGCAUAAUUGACAAUUUUUAUUCAUGGUACUGAAGGCGUUAUUAUAAAGUGCUGUUACUGCUCAGUGAAAAUUAUUGUAAACCACCAUAACUGUGUUCACUUGGUGUCUGUAAUGACAUUUUUUAUAUAAUAAGUAAUUUAAUUGAUGUACAUGUAUAUAUUUUUUUCUUUUAUUUUAAUCCAUGUUGUAUUAUCUUUAUUAUAUUUCCUAGUGGAAUAUAGCAAUAUGUUGUUGUUUUUUUAAUGGUAGAUUUUUUAAACUCUGGAUCUUAGUAGCUAUUGAUGAUAGAUUUUAGAGGUAAAGGUUUACAGAAACAAUUUUAAAUUAUAAAUUGUUAUGUUCAUUAUUUUGUUGUUGCUGAAUUUUUGGAUAUGAUUGACUCAUAUUUGAUUAUUUUACUUUUUAAACAGAUAGGGUAUAUAGUGCCAGUAGUGUUUUUUAGCUCACCUGAGCCGAAGGCUCAAGUGAGCUUUUCUGAUCACAUUUUGUCCGGCGUCCGUCUGUCCGUCUAGCUGUCUGUCUGUCCGUCUGUCUGUCUGUCUGUAAACUUUUCACAUUUUCGACUUCUUCUCAAGAACCGCUGGGCCAAUUUCAACCAAACUUGCCACAAAGUAUCCUUGGGUGAAGGGGAUUCAAGUUUGUUCAAAUGAAAGGCCACGCCCCUUAUUCAAGGGGAGAUUAUUGGGAAUUAAUGAAAAUUUAGUGGUAUAUUUUUAAAAUCUUCUCCUCAAGAACCACUGU